AUGGAUCGUGGAUAUGUUUAUAGAGGCCAGAAGGAACUAUCAAAAGACCUGCUCGACAAGUACGGCUCGGUAGCUCUCAGACCAGUUACCAAUGCUUCUCAGUCCAUUCAGGUCUACUUCAGGAUUCUCAUCGCCCAAGUCAUUAGCUUUAACGAGAAAGAACAACGAAUAACUAUCAACGGAUGGAGAAAGUUGCAAUGGUUGGAUCAAUUCCUUGCAUGGGAUAAGGAAUUGUAUGGAGGCAUUAAUCAGCUGGAAGUAACCCCUGACAAGAUAUGGCUACCUGAUAUCAAGCUAUACGAAAACAUUGAUAAGGACUUCCAGAGUGAAGAUAAGGUCAAUGCCCUUGUGAGCUCUGACGGUAUGGUCACGUGGUAUACCCCGAUGGUCAUCAGCAGUUCUUGCAAGAUCAAUGUCCGUUAUUUCCCUUUCGAUGUCCAGACUUGCACCUUGACCUUCGGCUCCUGGGCUUAUACCAUCGACUCGCUCAACAUUAACUAUUCUGACGAUGCAACACAGAAUGUUUUUCUUAACAACGGCGUAUGGGACCUGCGUAAGAUCAACUUGGAGCGGAACGUUGUCAAAUAUGCCUGCUGCCCGUUUCCGUUUAGCUUUGUCCAGGUAGAUUUGUUCCUGGAGAGACGGUACGAGUUCUAUGUCUUUAACAUGGUGGUACCCUGCGUCAUGCUCUCCGCCAUCAACGCCUUGGUGUUUUUAGUUCCCCCAGAGUCAGGGGAGAAGAUAUCCUUCUCGGUAGCAAAUCUCCUGGCCUCCAUCCUGUUCCAGCAGCUGAUUGGAGAACUCAUGCCACCACUAGGUGAUGAAAUUCCACUUCUUGGGAUGUUCUUUCUGUACAUGGUCGGGAUGAGCUGUGUGGCACUGGGAGCUAGCGUCCUCAUACUGCGCAUGUUUCAUCGCCUUGGAGAAAAACCGGUCCCGAGAUGGCUCAAACGCAUGUUCCUCCAUCGCGAUUCCGUUUCGCUUUCCUUUAAGCGGGCCAGUGUCGCUGUCAAGAAGACAAGAAGCAACCGCCAUAGUUCCAAUGGGGACGACGGCUACAGGAGGGGCAGCAAUCUUAGUAUGACCGUGAUCAAGGAAAACGUCAACGAUGUCAACUCUAAAGACCCAGACGAGGCAUCUUUCCCGCUACAUCCAAAGAACGAUGUAAACUCGACGGCCAAACUUAGCAUACACUGUCAAGGAUUCAACGACGAUUACGAAAGCGAGUCUGCGAUGUUGAAACGGGAAGUGAUUCGUCAAGAAUGGAUGACAGUGGCUAGGAAACUUGAUAAAUCUCUUGGAGCUCUCGUGGCUGGCUCAACUCUACUGGUCAUUAUUCUUAUUUUCCUCCUCUUUGUAUUCAGAGGAUAAUCAUUCAUGUGACUUUUUAAGAUUAUAAUUAUGCACGAAAGUUAUCGUCGGUCUCCACCAUGCAGAAAGAAUUCUCGGACAAAGUAAAUGUAUUGCAAAUGCCCAUCAAAUGACAAUGAACAGCUGGGAGGUCUUUGUCGAAAAUAAACGGGAACAGAAGUAUCAUCCUAGGUUUCGGAGCUGUAGAAAUCUUGCAAAUAUGUUGUCGGACGAGAGUCCAGGACAAAACUGUUGUGUUUAUUUACCAGUGUUUAAGAAAGACUUGGCAGUUCGUUGUCAGGAAGGCCAUUGAGAUUCAUUUUCUAUGCUGAUCUUUAAAGCGACCUGCGUCACGGUGCGAAAAGUCGCUGCUGUCGAUUUUGCUCAGAGUAGAAUGCAUCGUGUCUUUAUCAUGAGUAAAUCUAAAAAAGAAAUCAGUUUCAUGAAUAAUGUAAAGCAUUAAUGGCAAACUACGGGGAUUGAUAAAAAAAAAUUCAUUGGAAAGAAUGGCUAAAUGAAAGUUAUACUUUCAAGUAUUGAUCAAUAGAGAUGGAGAAGGUGGUCCAUCAAAACAAAAUAUGCGCUUUGUCGAUUUUAAUUCGAUGAGGUUGGCUUCAGAAUUCCUGUUCUGUAAGUUUAGUGUAUCAAAAUUACAAACACAUAAAGCAGAGUCAUUGACAAAAUAUUAAUGUCGAAAUGAUUUGAUAUUCAUAACAAGUGUCGCAUUUUGUGCUUUCCAUUGCCAUCGACAUUAUAAAAGCAUGCUCAAAGAUUUCCUGAAGAGUGGAGAAAUACUGAGGAAACUUCUGGUUGUCUUUGCUUCUUUUAGGCAAAAUAACAUAUAGGUAUAAUCCGUAGUGUUCAAAUUGUGAAUAUGAUAAAUAAAAGUAUGGGGGUAUAUCACAAGUUUAUAAAAAAAAAUUAAGAGGCUGAGAAAAAGGAACUUUAAAACAUUUUCCUAAAUCAAAUAAAAAUACUCAAGAAAUACAUGAAAUACAAACGAAAUUAGUUGGAAAUUUAUACAAUCUAACACAAAAACAGAAAUGUAUAACCAACGAAAGAUAACAUAUGUGUUCCUGACAAUAUUUAUGUGAAAAUAUCCUCAGAUGAAUUAUAAUAAUAAUGAUGAUGAUGAUAAUAAUAAUAAUGAUGAUGAUGAUGGUAAUAAUAAUGAUAAGAGUAGUAAAAUGAAAAUCCGCUUUAUAUGGCGCUUAAUUUAUCGGAACGACGUGACUAAGCUCUUUACAGAUAUUACCACGGUCAUUGGAUUCAUUCCCGCACACAAUGUGUGCAUAUUCUCCACUCCCUGGGGAGUAUGAAAACAAAAUUUCUCCAAAGAAUAUUCUCAGAUGAUGUCUCACAUGCUUCAUUGAAGAUAAAUGAUUUUGAAAGACAAGUUAGUCUUUAGAUUUGAAAUUACGUAACUGCUGCUACAACGGUAGGUCGAGUGUGUGUGAAAAAAUGGUAACAAUUAAUUAGAGUAUUUUCUAUUAAAUUUUCAAGUUUCUUCUUCAUCAUGUUUAUAUAUUGAACACUAAUAUUUAGUCGUAUUAAGGACUGUAAUUUUUGUAUCUUUGUUUCAGUAGCUUUUAUAGGUAAUCCUGAGCUUUAUGAAUCACUGUAACUCAUGUAGCUUGUGCAUUUGUAUAUAACAUCGGGAAAUAAAAAAUUAGCAGCAACAAUAUUGUUUGUGUUGAUACCAAGGUCUAGUAAACCCCUUUUUAUAUGAGUAUAGCCUUUAUCAGCUAGCAAUUAUUCAUCAUAGUGGCACGACAUUAAAUAUUGAAAACGCAUGUUUAUUCUAUUUUUGUCUCGCCUGCAUAGCAGAGCUAGACUAUAGGCGCCGCUUUUCCGACGGCGGCGGCGUCAACA